AAGUAACGUCGCGCAUGCGUUCCACGAGCCGGGAAAAUGGCGGUUACCAUGAAUUGAAAAGUGUGAAUUGGAAAUUUACGUGUGAAUUAUUUCAUGAGGUGACAAUGAGACCUGGUGUUGAGCCACAUCAUGUCUCUGACAUGAAACCAUUUCUACCAUCAACAUUAGCAUGUUUGGAGGAUCAGCCUGCUGGUGCUUUCUCAGGAGUUUUCAAAGAUGGCAAGUCUGGCUGGAUUGUUAGAGGGAGUCUUCUUGAAGUGGUUGAUAUAUCUACAAGUAAACGUUGUGCAGCAUGGCAGUUUGGUCGUAUCCUUAGUGAUGAACACACCAAUGUUACAUGUGUGGAGGAGUUUAGAUCCGGACAGACACGAAAGCUGCUUGUAGGCGUGUGUAAUGCUUCACCUAUUGGCCUCAUUUGUGUGUUUGAUGUUGCAUUGUCAAAAGUGAUCAAAGCUGUGGAGAUACCACACCCUGUUACAGAGGUGGAGGUGGUGUCUAAUUUAACAGGGAAUCUUGUACCAAGUUGGGCACUCAGUGAACAUCUCCGGUAUUUCUGUGGUCUUGUAGCUGUAGGCACAAACACAGGACAAGUCUACCUUGUUGACAUGUGUACUGAUGACAGUGAAUUUUUCUCUGACGAAGAAGUGCCGAGUAAACUACAUUUUAUAUCACCACGUAUCCGAGACAUAGAGAAUCAGAGGUUUCACUGCAUGUCACAGGGUCUUCAUCUAGCUAUGAUGUUAAAUGAUAACAUGAUCAGCAGAAAUGGGUUUGAGUACCAGAAACCUGAUGGACUGGUUAUGAAAACAUUCCAUACAGACUGUGUCACAGUCACCUGUCUCAAAUACAUUCCACAGACUGGUAUACUGGUUGUAGGGUUUAGUUUUGGUUGCUACCAGCUGUGGAAACUUAAUAUACCAGUCCUAGAAUACAGCAGCAGACUAGAGCCAGACCCCAUGCCUGUUACUCAUAUAACUUAUCAGGAACCAGAAAAUGAUCCCAAAAAUUUCUGUUAUAUCUGGAUUGCCAGAGGUCAAAAGGAGUCGGAGGAUCAAGGUUUGGAUUCAGUCAGCAGUAUUUCAAUGUAUCAGUUGGCAUUUAAUCAGAAAACAUUUUAUAGUAACUAUGGUGUUUACUAUGAAGAACUGACAUCUGUGUGUUUACGAUUAGAUCAUGAACUGACCUCGAAACUCGUUCAGUUUGGUACGAAUUACGACGGUGGAAGUCGUGUAGUGUCGUGUUAUACUCUGUCAGAUCCUCGUUAUCAACCGCCAGCUAAAUUAGAUGACAAUGAAUCAUUUGAAGAGAGUAGUCAUGGGCCUGACCUAAGUCUUUGUGUGUUUGUGUGGGAGGCCACAGAGGGAAAUCUGUCAACAAAAGUUGGACGACAUUUAGCUAUAUUUGACAUUAACAGGUGGUACCAUGCUCAGAUGCCUUCAUCUAUCAGAUUUGUCCAUGGAUCAACAGACAUGUGUGCAUAUUUUUGUUCGUGCCGACUAGACCUGGCAGCAGAGAAAGCAGGAAAUGAUAGUUUGUUGAUGGUACAUGUAAGUACAGACAGACUGAGGAAAUUCACCAACAACUCCCCAGUACCACCAGAUCAGUACUUUUAUCCCUCAUCAUUAGCUUUCAAUGCCUCUUUGAUAUUUGAAAGUGGAAUAGUAAAUGCAGAAUUUCUUGGUUCCCAGCGUGAGGUUUUGGCUAGCAUGGAAUCCAAGGGACCAGCAAUCCUUAUGCAGCCUCUUGAUCUUUAUAACUUAUGUGUACAUGUAGGAUUAUUACCUAGACCAGUGGAUAUAGUGUCAAGUAAUCCAAAUACGGUUGUAAAAAGAGAAUUACUUCUAGGAUUGGCAUUGGAGUACAAUAUGAUCAGCUUUCUAAAGAGUUGUAUAACAACCUGGGCAGGUGGAGAAUAUGAGAAUCAUGGAUGUACGUUAAAGUUUCUUCUAGACUGGGCGUGGGAGAUGGUUUCCAGUACCAAACACAAGAUUGAUUCUACAUGUGUUAUACUGUAUAACUACUCGGGACUGAAUUUAGAUCAGCGUUCCAUGCAGACUUUGAUACUCUGUAAUCAGCGUCUAUCUCACCUUGUCACUCUGUUUAAAACAUUCCAAACACAGACUGGACCUAUCACAGAACAAGGUGAGGCUGAGUUAGAAAGUAAGGUACUGGUAUCCAGUUUAUUGUCACAUCAUUUAAGUGUGGUACUGUGGUUUGUAGGAGCCGGACUUCUACCUGAGGGUGAUGACACCGAGGUAAGUCUUGGUGGAUUGUAUUGUUACCCAGCAACUAGUCUGAUGACAGCAUACAAGAACAGGAGAACUGAGCUUCAGAAUAUACACAGUGAUGUAGAUGAGACUAACAUGUUAAUGAUUGACGGACUGGUGGAGACAAUGGGAGUACAGGAGAUGUGGGAGAGAGAAGGUGGUACUGGGCUGUACCCUCCACCUAGCAUACAUGCACUGUUAUCAUCAUACCUUCUGGAGAACUGUGAUAUGCUGUCGAAACAAUGUCUAGUUCUAUACCUACUUCUAGAUCUGGUAUCUGUCGACAGCUCAGAUGAAAAUGAAACUUUCUCUGAGAAAGUCAGUGGCUUUGCUCGUAGAUUCAACCUUCCUCAAACUCUGGUGAAAUUAAUGCAGGCAUUCUGGUUGCUUGAUCACAGGGAUUUUGAGGAAGCAUUAAGUUUAAUGUUAGAUCCAAUGGUGAGAGCUGAAUUUGCUAGAUGGCAGCAUAAGCGGAUUAUUAAAGCGUUAUUGUACCAAGGUGAUGCCAAGAUGGCUCUCAGGUACAUCACAAGUGUACAGCCUGCUCUCACCACACCGGAAGAGGUGAAACUGAAACUCACAGUACUACUGGCUAAUGAAUUAACUGCGGAGGCUUUGACAUAUCAGAGAGUUUGUAGAGACAAGAACAACAUGAAUGAUUUACUAUCACAUCUCUUCCUCGGAUGCCAACAAACAAAGACUCUAGGUCGGUUGCUACAGUUACCAUUGAGCAACGAGGAGGAGACAAUUCUGGUAGACUAUCUGCUGGCCAGUUCGGAGCCUCAUUCACAAGAGUUACUGGUCAUGCAUUACCUACAGAGGGCGAGAUUUGUUGAGGCUAUACAGUUGAAUGAGAAACUAAAACAUUCUAUAAUGACAGAGGCCAAUGCCAAGGCGCGGGAGCGGGCAGCUGCACGUAAUGCCAUUGUUGAUAGCUAUGCCAGCCUCCUACCUCUAGUACAACGACGAUUGAUGCUGGAACAACUGCAUGUACCAAAGAAAAAUAUACAGUGGAGACGAGAAGUACGACGUCCCACCCCACUGUCAACAAAAGUCACAAAGAACAAAGCUCGAGCGAUGUCCCAGUCAGCUUUUAUCAUGACUAUCAUGGAGAAAUUGGAUGAAAUCGAGACAGAACAACCACAGAAUGAAGCACUGGACAGAUCUGUAGGGCCAUUUAUCUGUACCCCUGUCACCCCUGCCAGGAGGUCUUUACGGGACACACCAGCUACAUUGUAUCCUGAAUCAGCUGGUAAUGUUAGUGGCAGUGCUGGACUAGUACUGAAUAAAUCACUCAAUGUGUUUAGCUGUGAUACCCCUACUAGAGCAGAUAAUAGGGGAAGUAGAUUUUUCUCAGCAAGUUGUAUGUCGAUGUUACAGACACCAUCAGUGAAGAGAGUGACACCAAAGAAACAGAGGAUGUCAACAAACAGUGCAGUCACCCCGCAAUCUAUUCUUAAAGUCCGUAAUAUGAUAGCUACAACCUCACCAAGUCCACAUAGUUCCAAUGUCACACCGAAUUCACAAGAACUUGAAGGAAGCGCUAAGAAGGUACCAAGGAAGCUUGGAUAUGGUGCUGGCACCACACCUUUGUCCAGUAUACCUCGCCAUAUAGCAGGGGAUAGAAGUCUAUCAAAGUCACAGCCGUCUUCCCCAAAGUCAGUUUCUUUCUUGGAGCCCUCGUCAGCAGAGACGUCGUCCCCGGUCACACCUAUACAAAGCCGUCUGUCACAGCCAACAACUCCCAAAUCUGUCUCAUUCAUGGACAAGUCAGCUUCUAAACUACAGCCAAUGUCUACUCCUAAACAACUCCGAUUUUCAUUAAAAGAAACCUCGAUAUUACUGGGAUCAUCCAAACAAAGUUCACCGAAAUCACCAACACAAUCUAGUCCAAGAUCUAUCAGAGACAGGAGCCCUACUCCAGAAAGCAGUGAAAAGUCUCCCAAAUUUUCUGAAAAUCUUGAUCAGUUACACAGAAGGCCUCUCCAUUCGCCACCAAAAGACCAGUCAGAAGCUGAGGUUCAUUCAGCAGAAGAAGAUGGAUCACAAGUUAAUAAAGUUGACAUACAAACUGAUAUGGUUGAUUAUGUGGUAUCAAACUUGGAACAGUCUGACGAGAAUAUCAGUGAUGAGGAAGUUGAAGAAAUGGAUGAGAGUUACACAUCAGGUAUUGCCUCAUCUGUGUCCGGAGACAUUUCAAUCUCUUCUGUAGCAACAGUGAGAGAAGUGAUUGCUUCACAACAGUCUCCAGAAUCUGUUAGUCCUUCAAAAUCUCCAACAAAACUUCCAUCUUCACCUACAGUCAAAGUCUCCAAAUCACCAGUUUCUAAAUUCACUUCUUCUGAGCCUGCUCAGUCAGAAAUAACAUCCACUGAGCAUGCCCAGACUGGGUCUCAGGAAGAAAAUGAUUUUGACAAAACUGGUUCACAGAAUGUUCAUAUUGACUUAACAGAGGAAGAUGAAAUGGAGGUAGACCAGUCAGAAAAAGUUGAAGACAAAAUGGAUGUCAUAGAUGUAAAGAAAACUACAGAAAUAUUUGAACAGUAUGAGGAGAUUAAUGCUCCAGCUGAGAUUGAAGAAAUGGAGACUGUGGAGACUGUAUCUUCCAGUGCUGAUGAAGCAUCAUUAGCUAAUCAGUCUAUCAAACAGGAAGUUGAGGAAGAAUUUAGUGUACCUCCUGAACCAGUCCGUCAUUUGGAACCACCACUAGCACCUAAAAGUGACAGUGAAGACCAGAUUUCACCUGUGCCUUCAGAAAACGAAACAUCUCCACUUCGGCUUACAAGUCCAGUUGUCAAGACAAAAGAUUCACCCCCUGAUUCUGAUUAUGGGUUACAGUCACAUUCAACUGCGAGUGAUACCAUAAUACAUCCUUCAUCCACAUUAAUAGAUAACAUAAUGACAAUGAUAAAUGAUAAGUUUGGCGAGUCACCAGUUCUUGAAGAAGAAGAUGUGCAGUUAAGAGCCAAGGUCGAAUCUGAAGAUGUAAAAGAACAAAGGAAGGCAACAAGAACAAGACGUAAAUUUGAUUUGUCUCCUGUUAAAAUUGAACAGGAACCUGUUACUCCCACUCGCAGAACAAGGCAAAAAGAUUCUGAGGUCAUUGCCCCUCCCACAGGACAAGUAACUCCAACACGCUCCACACGCAGGACUAAGAAAAUAGGCAGUGAUGAAGAGGAAGAAGCCCAAGAAGUUUUAACACCAAGGCGUUCUACGAGAAGUAGACAGAAAAAAGAGUCUGAGUCUUCUCCACAUUCUCAAGCAGAAGCUUCAACUCCAACUAGAUCCUCGCGUAGGCUUGGUAAAAAGGAAAAAUCAACACCAACACGAGAUCUUAAACAGGAAUCAGUAACACCAACAAGGUCUUCCAAUAGGUCUAAUGUGAAAAAGGAAGUGAAACCUGAGAAACUGGAAAUUGUGUCUGCGAUUUCACCAAAGCCGUUUAGUCCAAAUGCAAAAGAAGCGAUACAAGAGUCUCUGCUACAGAUCUCAGCAGAGAUGAAGGCACGAAUGGAAUCACCAGAAAAUAAGAUGACUCAAAUUAAAGAUAAACCUGUAGCCUCACCACCUAGGACACCAACACGGUCUAGGAAGAAAGUACAGGAUGAGUUUACCCCACCUAGAAUGUCGACUAGAACAGGCAGUAGGAGUGAAGUCAGUGAUAAUGAUGAAAAUGUUCCUGGAACAUCAGGAAUAGGUGUAAUGGAUACUGGUGCUUCACCUGCAAAGAAAUCAAAGAAAGCUACAACACCUAGACGAGGUCAAAAGAAAGCUGAAGACGUGGAACGUCAAAAUGAAAAUAAGAAUGACAAUAGAUCAGAUUCUCAUUCAGCUGACAUUGAGGAUGUUAAAAGUGCUCAAAUUAAAAAAACACCUACAAGAGGGCGGCGGAAAAAGGAAGAUCCCUUUAUUGAAAUCACUUCAACAGUGGAACCGAAAACACCACCAAGAAAUGAAAGAAAGAAUGAUGAAAAUAUGGAUGAAUCAAGAAGAGAUAGUUUUGGAAGAUCAGAAAUUCCAGAAGUGUUUGAAGAUAUUGAAAAUGUAGAAAAUACACCUACCAGGAGACAAACAUUAUCACGUUCUUGUAAAAAAAGUGUUUCAAAUGAUGAUGUUAUUAAAACUCCUACACGGAGACAAAGUUUAGGUCGUGAAGGAAAUGAGAAUGAAAACAAUAGUAGAACUCCAACUCGAAGGAGAAGUAUUGGUCGUGAAACUAAAAUUGAUGAAGAAAUUAAGGAAGAUAAGGUUACAGCUCGUAGACAAAGUUUAGGACGUGAUUUUAAGUUAAGUGAAGAGACUUUAAGCAAUAAAAUGACUACUCGUCGUCAAAGUUUGGGUAGAGAAACGGAGACUUUUGAUGAAAUUAAUGUAAAGACUCCAACUCGUAGACAGAGUUUAGGUCGUAGUGAUAACUUAAAAAAAGAAGAAAAAUUACCUGAAGAAGACAAUAAAAGUGAUUUAAAAUCAGAAAAUAUAGAGCCAUUGACUCCUUCAAGGAGAGGACGACCAAAAAAGAAAACAGAAGAAUCAAAAAAUGAAACUGAAAAUCAGGAUGUAGUGAAAACACCUUCUAGAAGAGGGAAAGGGAAAAAAGCGCUGCAAGAUGUAGCCAAAGAAAUUAAAGACACUAAACAAGAGGACUCUGGUAAUGAAAAAUUUGUAGAGAGUAAAAAAGGGAACCAGGAUGAGGAAGGUUCCCCGGCAUCUCAUACAAGAAGUCACGAUGUCAGUAAGAAGAAGGGAGAUCAUUCUACUUUGCCAGAUGUAUUUGAUAUACAGAACAACAGUUUUCAGUUCUCUGAUCCAAUGCAAGUGGAUUCAGCAGAUUCAGCUGUAGCAAAGUCAUUUACCCCUGUGAAAUCAUUCAUCUUCUCUCCACCCAUCACACAUACACGAUCAGUGAUACAGAAGGAGGACAUUGAGGCCAGUCAAACUGAGGCCGGGAUACUGCUACCACCAGGACGACCAUCAUCUAUAAAACAAGUCAGUGACGACCUAGAAUCUAAACCAGAGAAAAAGUCAAAAAGAAAAACUAAAAGGUUAUACAAGGAGCGGGAAGAAAUUUUAUUAAUCAGUCCUAUCACAGGGGAGCAGGGCGGAGACUCUGGUGAGGAGGGGCGGGGCAUCAUGACACGUUCUACGCGAGCAGCAUCAAAAAAAGUUCAGACAAAGAAAGAUGGAACAAAGUUGCUCUUACAAUCACUUCCUGGUGUAGGUCGUAAAACAAGAACCAGUCAUAGACUGGGUCCUCUUGGACAGAAAAAGUCUGAAAAAUGAAUAAAUAUACCAGGUGUACAAGUGUAAAAAUUUAUUGAAUUUUCAGUGAAAUUAUUAAAAAUAAAUGGUUUAUAAAUUAUAUUUUUCAAAUAUUCUUUAAAAAAUAGACUGAAUAUGGUACGACAUUAGAUAAUUAUAUUUAAGUAUAUCUGACUCGCUGCAUACCAAUUUACAGAACAGUUCCGUAUGAUUUAUUGCCAAAAAUGUGUUCAAAGAAUACUAGGUAGUUAUAAUUGAUAUGAAUGAUAUAGAUAGGAAAGGAAGUAUAACUGUGAGCAAAUUAUGUGUUUAAAGUCUUUAAAAAGGAUUUCCAAGUUAAAUUGUUUUGUCUUAUAUAUACAAGCUGUAUGCCUCCAGAUGAAUAAACAAAAUAUAUAAAAAAUCUUGAAAAAAUAUAAAAAACAAUGUGUGAAUAUCCAAGAAAAUGAAAUGAUCCAUAUUUUAUGCAUGGUAAGAUGGUAAUUAACUUAAUCACUAUAUUACUAGCCAAGUACAAAUGGUACAAUGAUUAAAUCUGCAUAUUUGGGAUAUGUUAAUUAUUAUGGGUAAUUUGUAUAAAUAAAAAGUGCCUUUAUCACUUAAUAUGUAUACUUUGACACUUCUUAUAUAAAUUCAGACAAUUUUUGAUUUUUCAUAAAGGCCCAUUAUUCUCCAGAAAUGCUUUUACUUUCAUUUCUCAAAAGCUUUCAAUUUUUUGUGUCCUGUUAUAGUUUCCAAAAAGAUAUUCAUUAACCAAAUUCCAAUUAUCACAUUCAUCUUCUGCUUCUGUUGCAUUUCAACAAUUAAUGAAAAUAUAGUGAUAAAGUAUUUGAAUGGAAGUCAAAAUACUGAUUUGUUUACAUUGCACUACUUUAAUAACAAAUAAUUUCACAUUCAACGUUACUUUCUUCAGAUGUUAAGCAUAUAAAAUUCUCUCAAAAAUUAUUCAAAACGUUAAAAAAUAAAUGUUUUCCUUUUCUUAAGAAUGAAACAUUACCCGGUAGUUUAUUUCUGAGGCAUAAUGUGCAUAAGUUACAGGAAUCAGGAGGCAUGUGGUUUGUAUUGUACUACAUGUAUGAAUAUAUAAACCUUGAAUUGAGCUUAUUUACAUAAUAUUUCGGGUAUAAUAUAUGGAAAAAAAACUGUUCAUGAACUCUUCUAUCUUAUUGAGAGUCGGAAUAUAGUUAUUUAGGGAAAAGGAUAAACAGUAAAAAAAAUCAAUACCCUUACAUGAUACAGUCAUAGAGCAUGCAUGAAUUUGUCCUUUUUUUGAUAUGAUUGUUCCAUUACAAAAUCUCUUAUUAUAAGUAGGUUUAAUUUUUUAAGCAAAUGGAUAUACUACUGUAAAAAUUGUCCCCUGUUUUACACAAGCUAUGAAUUGUUCUAAUGUAAUUGAUAACAGAAAUUGUAUAUAACCAGUUUGUUAAAUUAUCAAAUACAAUUUCAUAUCAGAAAACUGAAUGACAGGCCGUAUAUAGCUGUACACUGCCAUGUCAUAAAUUAUAUAGUGACGGUCUAAGGGCUUGGUUUGUAUUUCCUGCUUAAUGACAUAUGAGCAGAGCCACAAAGUUUUUGCAACAAGCCAUGGAAUAUUGCAUUACAUUCUUUCUAUUAUACAUUAUUAUAUACUUGACUUUUUUUUCACUAGGGUGCUCAUGUCAAGUAUUUUUUGUAAAGAAAAAAUAUGUAUUGUUCUAGAAAUAUUGUUAAUUAUCAUGAUUCACUUUUGGAAAUAAAUUUUGUGUAUAUUGCUUAAA